UCGCGGGGGGUAAAGGUCGAGGUCUUUUUUUUCGCUGACUGUAGCAAUGCUUGACGUCAUGGCCAUGCUACGUCACGCGUCGUCUGCUUGAUGCUGAGUCUGCAGCUUGUUGUACCAAUGGCGGCUCGCUGUUCAUUGCCCCUCACAAGCCUGUCCGCAGUUUCGGCGCCAAAUGUCUUCACGCGCUGUAGGGUCACGUGGGUGUUGUGGGCGCUGGCCAUUGGUUGCAGCCCCUGGGAGACAAUGUAGCGAACCCCAGAGCUUAGUGUCCCUCGCGCGAUCUUCCUAAGGUGCUAAGAAGAGAGGGUGGUUGUGACAGGUGAGAGACCACCUGAGCAAGAUGCCGUGUGUUUACACAGUAGCCAGGAGUGACCACACGCUAGGGGUGGAUGGGAAGGCGGGUACUGUGAAGGACACAGUGUCAAUAGAGUGCACAGUGUCUACAUCUAACGUCAGGCUAUGGGCCUCAGGGGCAAGAACUCUGACAGUAUUGCGCAGCAAUGAGUGCUGUUUUUAAUAUUAUUUCCCUUACUAACAUCUCUCAUUACCUUUUCUUUGCUGCGUGGGGUAGUCCCCGGUUUUAUUGCGUGUGCGUGUACGCAAAAGCGUAUUUCUUCACUUUUUCUUUCUCUUUUUCUCAUUUUUAUCUACAUUUUUAUUAAUCUUCUUAUUUGUACUUUUCAUUUCGUCUUUGUUGUGGUCCACGUUCAUCAAAGGUUCGAUAAGUACGUGGUGUCCGGCCUGUGGCUGAGCGAGUGGGUGUGAGUUCGUGCGACUGUGUGGGCGGUUAUGGGCGGGCAUCCGGCGACUAUUGGAGCGAUCGGUGACAGUGUGUAACAACAGCUACACACAUUGCCCGCGAGACAUGACAGGUCCCAGGCCCUGAUGUUUUCACUUCUUCAUGUUUAAUCUCAGCAGCUCACAUGGUCACGUGAUGAGGAAGAAUUAGAUGCAGGAUUGACUUCGUGGUAUUAAACUGUGACAUCAAGAUGUACUUGGAACAACAUAAUUGCAAACAUAUUGCUUCCCUAUAGCUGUCACCGGUACUGGCCAUUACUUGUCACUUAGCCUUUCUUCGUAACAUACUUCACCAUUCUUGUUUUCUUCCUUUUGCUUCUCUUAUUCUUUCUUUUGUUUUUGUUUCGUUUUUGAUAAUGUUCAAUUUAUGAUUUUACAAGAUAUAUUAUGUACAGUUGACGCUACACUUGCGUGGUAUACUGUUCAGCCAGUGAUCUAGAUUGAAAAUAUGAAGCAACAAUCAGCAGUGACACAAGUUCUACUUCCCGGUUCUCAGUGUGAGAGAAGCAACAGUCGAGUCUGCAGAGGAUGGUGUCGACGUGUACAGAUGACAGCAUCUCAUCAAAACACCUCUGUCCGCAGGAUGUCCGGACUGUUGUCGACUCACUGAGCUCAGCAUCUGAAGCCAGUCUCGCGCGUGACUCACGCUCACCUCCUCCAUUUGUUGUAAAACCGCUAAACAUCUGAGUUGUGGUCGUCUCCACUGAUGUACUAGACUACACAUGACUGAUAAAGAGGGAGCAGACCCGUGACAGGUUCCUGUCUGUGUUCAUGAGAACAUUGUAGUGUCACCAAAGUGCUGUGCUCACUAUAGCAUAGAGUCAGUGUUAUGUUCAGUCUGCACAAUGAGGCUACCUUACAUUUUUCUCCUGGUGAAUGUAUUAAAGAUUCAAGAAGCCUGCAGUCUAUUAUGCUCUAAAGGACAGAUCGUGGACAUUGUGGCAGGUCAUCAAACUCCUCUCACGUGUCCCGCAAAUGAAGUGCAGGAAUGGAGAUUACGUCUCGGUAUUCAAAACCCAUCAAUAAUAGCAAAGUGGAAGAAUAAUAAGUUUGAAGUUCAUAAUGACUUUGACGGAUCUUUUAUUAUACAAAAUAAUAGCAAUCAACAAAGUCCGUUGUUGGUCAACGCUGCAAACAACAAAAACAGCGAUGCUUCCAUUCUCAACGGCACUUUAGUGUGUGGAAAUGGAGACACAAGCUGUGGACUUAACUAUGUUUAUCCCGCAGACGGCGUUACAUGCACCACCGUGACGUCAUCAUGGAAUGUCACUGUCACCUGCAGCAUCAGCAGCGCCUACUCCUCUCGGGGAAUUUACAAAUGUCAGCUGAUUCGGCGACAACAGGGUUUAACAGACACAAAUUUAGACACGGUCACCAUGGUGACAACUCCUUCUAAGGAGCCAGUAGCAGGGACUGAGGUCAAAGAGUCGGGGUCCUGUCAGCUCCACACAACCCUCCCCCAACACAGCGGCAGCUACGGCUAUUAUGUGAACAUAACUCCCGGAGGACAAAGCCACGUGGCCAAGUAUUCUCAACAUUACUCAGAAUGGUUUAUAGUCGGUAAGCCGCACCCUUUGUCUUCAGAUAAUGUCAUCAAGGUAAGAAACAUGCAUUUUGACCUCAUGGCCUACCCCAUGCCACACAUCAUGACAAUACUUCCCCUGGCAGGUGAUGCCGACACGUCUGUACAUCCUGUUGAAUCAGUGAUAUCAUGCACUGCCGAUACCCACCUACCUUACAAGUUUACCUGCAACUUCACAGAGAAAGCACCUGGCUACUACCACGUUGUGGUCACCAAUUAUUUUGGUGAUGGAAACUUUACUCUAGAGGUUGAGGAUGAUGACGACACCACGGACCCUAACAUCCACAAUAAGUCUGAAAGCACAACAGUUUUGGUUGCUGGAGUCGUCGCUUUUGUCCUCUUAGUCAUUGUCAUUGCCAUUGUAAUUGUUGUUGUGAAAGGAAAGAAAUCAGGGAAAGGACAGAUACCUCUUCGCAGAGAGGAGUACGAGGAGCCUUUGGACUUAGGUACCACAGCAUCUGUAAAUUUUCUUGGAAAACGACAGAUACCACUUCCCAAAGAGGAGUACGAGCCGGCUUGGGACUUAGGAAAACGACAGAUACCACUUCGCAAAGAGGAGUACGAGCCGGCUUGGGACCUAGGGCCGCUGAAGAUCAACAGACUAUGUGCAAACGAUAAUAGUGAACAUCUACAACAAGAAAACUACUACGAAGAGAUCGAUGAUGGAGUCGUCGUUGCAGACAAAAAGAAAGAGACCCAAAAGGAUAAUAAAGAAUCAACCGAUUCUGAAGAGAUGUACUCUACAAUCGUGUAAUAAAGCUAAUACGCAAUAACAAAAAACAAAUAAAUAAAUAAAGGAAACGAAAAGGAGGA